GGUAUAUCAACAACAUACACACAACCAACAACGCAGCAACGAUCAACAAAUCACAACCUCUUGUGCAUCUCACACUCGACCGUCACUAGUUCUUCAGGAUACACAGAUCUCGAAUCGAACAGACCGCAUAUCAUAGCACGACGAAACGACCACACGACGACCGCCUCACCGACCGACUCUUACCACCUGGAUAAUCAGCAGUUGCUGGUGAUAUAGCUACCUUCCUUCAACUCAACUACAACUACGAAAGAAAAUGUUGUUCGAACAGAACCCACCCAAGAUGUACACGGCUCAGGAGAAACAACGAGCGGUGGAAAAGUAUGCGGACCAGAUCACAUAUAGCUCGAGGUAUUCUGAUGAUCAAUGGGAAUAUCGACACGUCCACAUCCCCAAAGCACUGGUGAAAUACCUUCCACCGGGCGUUACCUCGGAGGCUGAAUGGCGUGGGAUCGGGAUCAGGCAGAGCGCUGGGUGGGUGAUGUACCUGAGGCAUGCACCGGAGCCCCAUGUGCUCUUGUUCAAGCGGGACAAGGAUUACGACCUGAAACACCCUCCGCUCAGGGAACGGCCUUACCAAAGCCGAGCUUGAUCGAGAGGGGGAGGCGCCCGGGGUCAUCCACGACCGUACUGGUCACCUUGCACCUUGAUGAAGUCGACAAACGGGUGCGAUGACGCAAGGCGAUUCAGCAAAAGGAGAUGGGGCGUCGGAUCCGGGAGGAAGGGAUCUGGACGAUGGACCGGGACCAGGCGAUGCGCGGCCCGGCGCAGGACAAACACGCUUUUCUCGGACAUAGCUUUAACGAUAUUACGACGCAUGGGUUACGAGACGGGGCCGAAGGAAUUCGAGUUGACAAGGACGAUGGUCCGACCCUUAUUGGGCGCGACUGGGGAAUCCGUUUCUUUUCCUUCUUCCUCCGUUCCUGUAUGCCUCUUUCUGCUCUUGAUUUUCUUCUCUCGACACGAUCGUGGGGACUUGUAACGAAUGACUCUUGUACGACUGCAUACGUGAUGUUUCUAGCAUUAAUUGACUGGC